AUGUCCUCCAACGUAGGCCUGACCACCCCCCGCGGCUCCGGCACUUCAGGCUACGUGCAACGCAACCUCUCCACCCUCAAGCCACGCGACACGGGCUACGGCGCCCCCUACCCACCUCGCAACUCCUCCAACCCCAGUUCCGACUACUCGUCACCCCUUCAUCCUCGCCAACGGCAACCGGACCAAGCCAUCCUUGCCCACGACCGUCAGCGGGAGGUUGAGGUCAAGGUCUUCGAAUUGAGGGAUCAGCUGGAGGACGAGGGGGAACUGGAUGAGGAUGAGAUUGAGAAGAGGUGUGAUAAAUUACGGCUGGAGUUGCUGGAGGAGAUGGGUGGUGGUGGGAGCGGGAGCGGGAGAGGUGGGAAGGGAAAGGGCCUCAAACCGCAUCAGGUGCAUGAGCUAGCGGAGGCGAAGAUCAAGGAGAGUGAGAGAUUGAGGAAAGCGUUGCGUAUUAAGGAGGGGAGGGAGGGGAAAGCCUGGGAGAAUACCAGUGUCAAGGAGGAGGAGCAUGAUCGAGGGCCAGACCGAGAAAGAGACACGAGGAGAUGA